AUGAAAAGGACAAUGAAGAGCUUUCAGAACACUGGCUUUGCGGCACUUUUGAUUUUUUGCAUCUCGUUUUUGUUUCUUGGAAGCUUGUUUAUUCCGAAGAACGAAAAGGAUGAGAAUUUUCAGGUGAUGAUAGAAGAGAUUUGGGAAGAUCAAAAUGAGAUUCUCUCGAUUUUGACGGAAGAGAAUUUUUAUCAGAAGCAAAAAGAGAGACAGGCGAAAAUCAUAAGAGAAGAAAAUCAAGAAGAAAAUGAACAGGCUUAUUGCGAGCUGAAUAUCCAGCCCUCAAUUGAGAAGAAAAUCGAGCCAAAGUACAACCUUAGCCCGGAAAGAUUCCUGACCGCAUUUGUCUCUCGAGGCCCAAACAACCAGAUUUACUCGCUGAGAGAAACCAUCUUCAUUGCCCUCGCUUUGAAUAGGACGCUGAUUUUGCCGCCCUUUUUCAAACACGACCGUGGCGAUCCGACUUCGAACGGAUCAAACACGGCUGUGGUCGAUUUUGACCAAAGGGUUGACAUUGAAAAACUAAGAGAGCUGAUUCCAGGAACGGAUUUUUAA